CUCUCUCUCUCUCUCUACUUACCUUAAAUAGUUAAAUUCCUCUACUUUGACCCCCACUUUCCCUCCCACCUCCCAAACACCGUCCACCAACCUAAAAAAUGUCCGGCGGCAUCGGCCCCUCCGGCGACAUACUCCUGCCCCAGGACGAAGGCAAGUACAAGCAGGCCCAAGACUCCAACCGCCCCCAAUUCUCCAAAGACUCACCCACCCUCCAGCCCCGCCGUGGCAUCUUCACUUUCCGGCAUCUCAACGCCGCCGCCGCCGCCGUUGUCCUCUCUGCCAGCGGCAUGGUCAGCCUCGAAGACUUCGCCUUUGUUCUCUUCUCCUUCAUCUACAUGCACGCCAUGGCGAAGGUCGCCUUCCCGAAUCCCAACUCUUUCUCCGACCCACCGGUCUUCGGCGAAAACAACAAGCUCUUGGGCCUCUACGUCUCCAUCGCCGCCGUGAUCGGGCUGUUUCUUCCGAUAGCCUACAUCUUCGGCGGCAUCUUUGCGGGCGACAAAGAGGGCAUCAAAGCCGCGGCUCCCCACGUUUUCCUGCUGGCCAGUCAGGUGUUCAUGGAGGGCGUGGCCUUCUCCGGCGGGUUCUCGCUGCCGAUCCGGGUUUUCGUGCCGGUUUUCUACAACUCCCGCCGGAUUUUCAGCAUUGCGGAGUGGCUGAGGGCUGAGAUAUCCAAAGCCGACGAGCAGCACAGCGGCGGAACCAGGCGACUGUACAUUGGGAGAGGCCUUGCAGUGGCCAACAUGGCUCUUUGGUGCUUCAAUCUCUUUGCUUUUCUGUUGCCUGUUUAUCUGCCAAAGGCUUUCAAGAAGUACUACUCUGAUCACAAGGUCAAAGGGGCAAAAGGGCAGUAGAAGUGAUUGUUUUGCAAGCUUUAGUUUGUUGCUUUUGGAGCUGUUUUAGUUUGCUGGGGAGCAGCAGAUUGUAAGUUGUGUUAUAUUGUGGAUCUGGGUUUUAAAAUGUGGUGGUAUAUUGGCUUUAAUAUAGAAUGGUAUAUAUUUGUUUUGACUUUC